AUGCCAGAGCAUGAUGGGUUGAUGCGCAUUUUCUGGCCGAUCGACAUCCCAAGGUCGGACCUGCCUGGGGUGGUCGUGGGCUGGAGGAACUCGGCAUUGGAUGUGUUCGUGGUGGCUAUUCUGGAAGCCGUCGAUGCUCGAAAUGUCGAGGGCGCGCUGAAGUCCCUCACUCUGUUCAGGAGCGCUCCCCACCCGAUAGGACGGAUUUUCGAGCUAUGCGGCCAGUCAAGUAUGCACGUACUUGGUGUCUCGAAUGCCGACGACUCGGUGGUGAUAGACCCGUCAUGGGUGCGCGUGGCCAUGGACGCGAACACCCGCAUCCCUCAAGUCCGAUGUGCAAAGGCCUCGAGUAUUCAGAUUAUACAAUUCCAGCGACCGCUACCAACGAGAAUGCAGUACAUAUCGCUCAAUCCCAUUGCGCUGGCCUUGGGGGACAAGCCUACGGACGAGAGGAUGGCGCCUGUGGGUGAGGCCGAGGCCCAAGAAGAGAUACAGGAACGAAUCCGGAGGGAGAAAUCCGAGAGACUCGUCGAGAAACUCAAACAGCAUUCUAUCAUAAAGCGGCCUGCUUCGAACAAGGAAAGGGCCCUGCCCAGAAUCGUCAACCAGAUCAAUUGGUCCUCGGAACUCGAGAUGCUUCUUCAGAAGAACGUAUCAAGACUAGGAGCAAGACCCAAGCGAAGUCUUAGUGUGUCUGAGCGUGUGGUAGAGUCUGCGACUACGAUGAAGAAUUUCGUUCUGCUCUGGAUAUGGGAGCUGAUCACCGUCUACAUCUAUCCCAUCAUCCGGCGAGGCUUCAUUUUUGGCCUGAUUGGCCACCGAAUAGCGGCCGAGAUGCUGCUGGUCGUCCUGGAGUGGCGACCUCAGCCUCAUAUUGCUGCUCUGAAGGACAUCUCGGCCACGGCGCAGCAAGUUGAGAUUCGGCUGCAGCAGUUCUGCUACUGGCCGAUGCAGUAUGUCACGUUGAGGCAGAGGAAGAACGACUGGGAAAGUGUGACGACAAGCCAUCCUGACUACAUUCGGUUCUACAACAGUCUUUGGCUUGUUGCUAAUGAUGUGAUCAUCGGGAUCGCCUUGGGCUCAUACAUCAUUGACAACGCUUCUUGGGUCGCAGACCAGAUCAGCCUCAUCUUGACAACGUACACCGUCGAAGCUUUGCAGAGCGGUAUCUCGUGGUUGAUGGGUUGGCCUGCCGGUUUGAAGCUGAACACCGAGUUAGCGGCGUUCCUUGGUGAUUUGUUCUUGUGGGUCAUCGAUUACUGGGCCAGCUGCAUCGACACCUUCCGGCCAGCCUUGCCUGGCGUCAUCUGGUUCAUCGGAUUCACCAGUUUCGCGGGAGCCAGCAUGCCCAUUGCAGUGUUCUCAGACUUGCUUUCCAUCCUGACCGUCCAUAUAUAUUCUUUUUACCUCGCCUCCGCCCGUAUAUAUCACUGGCAACUGACAAUCCUCAUCUCGCUAUUCCAUCUCUUCAGAGGAAAGAAGCAUAACGUCCUGCGGAACCGUAUAGACUCGUGCGAUUACGACCUUGAUCAGCUCUUGGUUGGCACGAUCGUCUUCUGUCUUCUGUUGUUCCUGCUGCCAACUGUGGUGGUGUUCUACCUGAACUUCGCCAUAGCCCGGAUGGUUAUCAUCUCGCUAAAAGCCGCCUUUGAUACACUUCUUUCCUGCCUAAACCAUUUUCCCCUGUUUGCCCUUAUGCUCCGGAUCAAGGACCCUCAGAGGUUGCCAGGGGGCAUUCGUUUUGAACUUCGUGAUACCCAAAAUUAUAGAGUCGUACAUAAUCCAUCAAUCCCAGACCUUCCGUCUACAUCGGUAAUCUACCUCAAGUCCAUACCACUGACCUUCCGCGCCAUGUUCCACCAGUAUUUCCAGAUGGCCGCGCGCAUCCGGAAGCACUACCUCUCUCCACGGGUGCUCCUCUGCCUGCUCACGGGCAAAUUCGUCCCGCCCAUCAACCGCAAGAACCUGUACAGCCUGCAGUACAGCAUGUUGCCGGCCCAGAGGUCGGGGAUCAUGGAGAUGUGGGCUGCAGUCAACUCGCUCGUGAGGAACGAGAAGAGGCAGCCUUUGCCGGUGAUGAAUGGGAGGCUGACCAGGACGCGGGGAUACGGUGGGCAUUGA